UUUAUCGUCUAUAGUCUCUUUUUCUUCCGGUUGUCAAGAUGGGUAUCGACAUCAAUCAUAAACACGACAGGAAAGUUAGGCGUACUGAAGUGAAAUCUCAGGAUGUUUACCUGAGACUGCUUGUAAAAUUGUACAGAUACUUGGCCAGGCGUACAAAUGCCAAGUUCAAUCAGAUCGUCCUGCGGCGUCUGUUUAUGAGCCGCAUCAACCGGCCACCAAUCUCCCUAUCACGUCUUGCUCGUCACAUGAAGAAACCUACACGUGAGGGACUCAUUGCUGUGGUAGUUGGAACAGUGACAAAUGAUGUUAGGUUGUACACUGUACCUAAAAUGACAGUCGCUGCUCUCCACGUCACAGAGAAGGCGCGUGCCCGCAUCUUGGCUGCUGGUGGAGAAAUCUUGACAUUUGACCAGCUUGCCCUUCGUGCUCCCACCGGCCGAAAAACUGUGUUGGUGCAAGGACAGCGCAAUGCUCGGGAGGCAGUUCGCCACUUCGGUCCGGCCCCGGGAGCUCCGCGCUCACAUACUAAGCCUUACGUACGGUCCAAGGGACAUGAGCGUUCUAGGGCGAGCCGUCGCUCUAAUGUGUAAUCUUUAAUAUAAGGACUGCAAAUAUAAA